AUGCGGUCCCCAAUCGCCGUUAGAUAUACCUGUACCGAGGGACACUUUUACUCAACUGAAAGCGCGUAUUACAUCAAUAAAGUGAGAGAAGUUACUACAGGACCAGUGGCAGCAGACGAGGGAAGGGACGUCAACGAGGGGAGGGAGGAGGGGAUGGACGAGGGGGCGCUGCGAAGCAUCAUGGAGGAUGGGAAUCGCGACGAGGAAGCUGGCAUCAGUUACCAUGCCAACCAUGGCCAGUCUGCAAUUGCAGCGUCAAACUUGGGGGCGCCUUCAGCUGCAAGCAGUCAUGCGCCCGCUGCUGCUCCUCCUGCCGACCCUCUUGAUGCUCCUCUGGCCGAUCCUCUCGCUUCUCCUCAUGCCAACUUUCUUGAUGUUCCUCCGGCCGAUCCUCUCGCUUCUCCUCAUGCCGACCCUCUUGCUGCUCCUCCUGCUGCCACUACAGCCAUUCGUGUCGCGGCUGCUACAGCUGUUCGGGCUAUAUCCGUUGUGAGUCCUGCGACGCCCUCUCGUGCCUAUCGCACUGCUGCAUCAACUGUCCGGCAUGCUGCCGCCUCUUCAGGUAACCACCAUCCCAUUGAAGGGGAAAGGAGGGGAGGUUGGCAGGGUCGGUCAUGA